AUGCUGGCUCUCCGCGCGCUCGGGCUUCUGGUGGGCGCCAGGUUAGGUUCAGGCGAAGGCUCGUACUGCGACGAGGACGUCCUCCAUUACCUGAAUCACUUCGACCUCGCGGCUAUAUUUUACCAAGCCGUCAUUGCCGACUUGGCCUGCACCUACCGAGGCCGCACCAUCAUCAACCUCGACGGCGACGUCGCCGACCAGUACCAUACGCCAGGAACCCACAUCUACUACGGCCCGGUCAUCCUUAACUGGAUUGGGGUCUCGCGUCUAACCACUCCCGGCUUUCGGAAGUACAAUUACCACGGGCCCGUGACCAUUAACUACGUUGGCCACUGA